AACAGAUGACAACGGAGUUGAAAAGCUCCUGCCUGAUUUGGUGGAAACUGCGAGCUUGCAGCCUCACUCUUAUUUAAUCGCACAAUCUAUGAUAAAAAGUCUAUCUAAUGAAAAAGGAGGAUAUUCAUUGCGUAAAAUAUUUAAAGGAUUGGAGCAAGGUGUGAGGGCGGCCCCUAAUAGAGCAGAAUUUGUUGUGCUUUUGAGAAAUUUAUUAAAUAACCCACCACCGACAGUGGGCAAUGUAAUAAAUCGUUCACCACCAACGCCCGGAGAUGUAGUCGCGCUGCAUAAAGUUUAUUCUGGUCCCGAUAAACCAUCUCCUAUUUAUUUAAGAGAUCCUGAAUUAUUGCAUUAUUUGAUGACUACAAUCUUCGUUCCAAAUACGAAGGCAGCACAACUAAAAGAAGAUCUUCGAGCAAAGUACUUAUAUUUGCUUGCCUUUGCCGCAAGUGUGAAAGAAAACGAUGAUAAAACGUUAGAUACCUCGAAAUUAAACGAAACCUAUAAUAUAUUGAAAAAACUUGAAGCCGCAAUAUCGAAGAAGGGAUCAUUUGGAACGGAAUUGAAUAGUGUUAUCUCAGAAGUCGUCGACUAUAUUCAUGUUCCAGCAGCGUCCAUGGCUCUCAUUUUUUGGUGUCGAUAUCUACUUCUUGAAACGUCAUACUAUGAAAAGUACUUCAAAAUGUAUGAGUCUUCUUUGCCUUUGCUUUUGUUGGAAGAGAUAGCUUUUCAGCAUCCUCUACAGCAUCAGCAUCUUUUUUCAUUAUUUGCUGAUAAUCUUUUAUUUCAAAAUCGAUCAUUGUCUCCUGAAACCUUGAUAGCUAUUCGGAAGCUAAUUCUAGAUCGUAUGUUAUAUCUUGUACAAUUGGGAUAUGUCAUUCCAGUCUUAAAUUUUGUCGAGAAGCAUUCAAAGCGUCUUUUGGACGGAAACCAUUUAUCUUAUUUCGUCCGUAAGCUUCUUGAAAUGACAGAGGGACCUUACUCGAGAGAGUACUACGAAAUACUCCUUAAAUUGAUUGAAAAUGCUCAAGCAGUUCUACAAAGCGGAACAGAAACCAAAUCUCUUACAAAGAAAUUUUUAGUUGAUGCACCUAAUUUAAUAGAAGGCUCGCAGAGUGAUAGGAGACUUAAGAAUUUACAGGUUUACUUUUCGUAA